AUCCACAAACAAAAAAAAAAUAAAAAUGAAUGAUACGCCAUUUUAAACAAUCACAGUAUAAUUAUAUCUUAGCCAGUACAAUCAAGAACAGUGGAGUGAAUAAGUCAUAAACAUAUCGGUCAAUAUGGAUGCCGAACACAAAAUAUGGAGCAAUAUCGAUCAUGAUUUGACAUCUAAUUUAUUAUCGAAAAUAAGUCUUACAGUUGAAUGUUCAAUAUGUUCAGAUACGAUGAAUAUUCCAUAUACUUUGGAAUGUGGACAUACAUUCUGUUAUGAAUGUCUUAAAAAUUGGUUUCGAAAUAAAUUAAAUUGUCCAAGUUGUAGAUUUAAUAUCUUACAUAAACCAAUUUUAAACAUAUCAUUAAAGGAAAUCACUAAAAACAUUCAAGAUUUAAAAAUCGAAUUGAAUGAUGAUAAUAAUGAAGAUAAAUUGAAAUUAAUCAAUCAUCGGAAUGAACAAUUCGAAACUUAUGAAGCUGAUAAAGUGGGUAAAUCAUUAUUUGAUAAUGUGUUUAAUCAUACAUCUAUAACGGUAAUGGAUAAUUCAGAUGGAGUGCCGAGAUGUGGGAAUUGUCAUUGGGAAGCAAGAGGUCCGAUCUGUAAUCAUUGUGGAUUUAGAAUCCAAGAUCCUAAUGAUGAUAAUCGAAGUCGAAGUCAAGAAUUUUAUUAUGAUUCUAUGGAAGGAGAAGAUUAUGAUGAAGAUGGUGAUGAUGAUGAUGUUGAUAUCGAUGGAGAUAUGGGAAUACCAGAUGAACAAUAUGAUAGUGAAGAUAGUUUUGUCGAUACAAGAGGAUUAACGGAGAUUAUGUUGGAAACCAAUUCUAAUGAUGAUUUACUUUCUACUGAUGAAGAUGAUGAAGAUUAUGAUAGUGAAACCAUUCAUCAUCGACCUCGAAGUGUUCAUUCAGAAGAGAGUGAUUGGCAAGGAUUCGAAAGUCCUGCCAAUAGCACUACUGAUAUAGCAGAUCAUGAUCAUGACCAUAUUCAUGAACAUCAUCAUGCCCAACAUCAUCAAGCCCAUCAUGAAGCAGAUGCCAUUGAACUUAGUGAUGAAGAGGAUGAUGUGAAUCUGCUGAGACAAUACUAUGAUAGUGAAGAUUUACGUGAUGCUCUUGAAGAAUUUCAUGAAACUGAAUUACAUCAUAUCUCCAGUGAAGAUGAUGAUGAACCACGGAUAGUAAUACGAAGAUCAAGAGGAGGAGCCAAUGGAGGAGAUGGAACCAAUCCAAGAAGUCGAAGAAUGGAAGUAGUCAUUUCUGAUGAUGAAGACGAUUAAGAAGUAGGUAGCAUUUAUAGAAAAAGGUAUUUUAAUAGUGUUUAUAGGUGUAUUUACAUAGUUAAGAAAUCAAAUAUUACACAAAACUCAUACAAUUUGUCCCCCACCAAUGAAUUCCAUCAAAAAUAAAAUACUUGGACCUGCACACAAACAAGGUGAAGAAAAAUGAACUGAUAAAAAAAAGGUAACUUCAUCGUACAAUUAUAAAACUAAACAAGU